CAGACAAAACAGAGGCGCCCGACCAGCUUCAACUUCUCUCUCUACAAUUCUCUCUCUCUCUCUCUAAAAUCGUCUUGCGGUUUCGUUCGCGACGGGGCAUUAUCCAGCCGGCGAUUCUGUCGGUUGAGAUGGUUUUGAUAAUAUGUUGUAGUGAAGCUCAUCGAGUGGCUAGUAGUCCGCUGCUUCCUCUCUCUUCUUCGGUAAAUGGGCUGUUUACCGUCGUCCCACAGAAAAGAGUUCCCUGGAUACGAGGACCCCAUGGCCCUCGCUUCCCAAACAGCUUUUAGUGUCAGCGAAGUUGAAGCACUGUUUGAGCUGUACAAGAGUAUCAGCAGCUCUGUGAUUGAUGAUGGGCUAAUAAAUAAGGAAGAGUUUCAAUUGGCUUUAUUCAAGAACAGAAAGAAGGAGAAUCUCUUUGCUAACAGGAUUUUUGAUCUUUUUGACGUUAAACACAUUGGCUCCAUUGACUUUGGUGACUUUGUUAGAUCUCUCAAUGUUUUCCAUCCUAAUGUCCCUCAAGAAGACAAGAUUAAUUUUUCAUUUAAGCUUUAUGAUUUGGAUAGCACGGGAUUCAUUGAGCGGCAUGAGGUCAAGCAAAUGUUGAUAGCUCUUCUAUGUGAAUCAGAAAUGAGAUUAGCUGACGAAACGAUUGAGAUAAUCCUUGACAAGACUUUUCUCGAAGCUGAUGUAAACGAGGAUGGGAAGAUAGAUAAGUGCGAAUGGCGAAACUUUGUUUCUAGAAAUCCAUCCUUGCUCAAGAUUAUGACCCUCCCUUAUUUAAGGGAUAUAACAACGACGUUUCCUAGUUUUGUGUUCCAUUCUGCGGUUGAGGAGAUUGCCACCUAAGGAGGUUGUAUAUGAGAAUCGCGACAAUUAAGUUCCUAUUUCACCACUAAAUUUGUUGAGAGAAUGUGAGAUACUUCAUUUUGAGGCCAAAGUAUCUGCAUUACUUCGAGGAUGGAACUUUGCCUACUGUAGAGAUGAUUGUGCAAUAGGGUGAAGUUUUGUCAAAUCUUUUUUAGCUUUUGAUAGUGCUAAAUCCUGGUUGAGGAUUGCUCCA